GACUACGAGCGAGAACCAAUCGGUUCUUGGAAGGGUUGAGACUAGAGCGAAAGAUGAGCAGCUUCGCGGUUCCACUUUCUUCCUCGUCCUCUCUCUCCAAUGCCUAUCAUCAACCUUCUCGUGUUCGCUUCGAUUUCCGCAAUCCUCGUUCCAUGUUUGAGAUUCGCGGGAUACGACUAAGUGGGAGGGUUCGAAGAACAUCUUUAAAGUGCAAUUGCUGCAGCAAAGGGAACGGAGGUGAAAACGAAAACAGAAAUGUGUUAGAUGCUUUCUUUCUGGGAAAGGCACUAGCUGAGGUUAUCAACGAGCGAAUUGAGUCCGCAGUUGGCGAAGUUUUGGGUAAUAUUGGAAGGUUUCAGGCUGAGCAACAGAAGCAAGUUCAAGAGAUUCAGGGAGAGGUACUAGAAAGAGCCAAGAAAGCUAAAGAAAGAGCAGCUAGGGAAACCGUGGAGGCACAAGGACUCGUACCCGAAUCCACAAACCCAAAACCAGCUGCUGGUGUUGUUGCCUCUGUUGUAACCCCUACCUCGAUCGUUGAAAGCAAGGCUAUAAGAAAUGAUGAGAAGCUGCCGGGUUUCUCCGGAUCUUCAGAGCCCGACAUUAUGGAUAGCUCGAGUUCUAGCGACGAAGACAGUGACUAAGGGAUUGUUCCUUGGGCCAAUUUCAAGGUUUGGUUAUAGUAUCGGACUUGUUUGAAACGGUUGAUAACAUCUUCGUUGAUAUAUGUGCUUAUAACGAUGGAAGUUGAGAAUAAAUAACCUUGAUAUUA